AUGCCAGGUAGGCCUACUACCAAAAGGAAGAGACAUGCUAGUGAGCAAGAGGGGAGGUUUUCAUCAACAAGGGUAUUUUUACCAAGAACAGUAAGAUGUGGGAAAUGCUUAGAGUAUGGCCAUAAUCAAAAAAGUUGUAAGAAUGAGAAAAAACCAGUAGUACCCUUGCUACCAAAGAAAAGAGGCAGACCAAGGAAACAUCCAUUGUUAACUGAAUAUGAUGAGUCAUUAAGAGCUUCUCAAUCCAGUCAGCCUCCAAUGCAGAAAAACAAGUCAAAGAAAGAAGCAUCAAGUUCCAAGGUUUUAAAAGCCUCAAGGUCCAAAAAAGAAGCAACUGAAUUUGAUGAAUCAUUAAGAGCUUCUAAAUCCAGUCAGCCUCCAAAGAAGAAAAACAAGUCAAAGAAAGAAGCAUCAAGUUCCAAGGUUUUAAAAGCAUCAAGGUCCAAAAAAGAGGCUACUUCACCUCAUAAAGAAGAUGUUUCUGCAACUCAAAAAGAAGUUGUUGUUGAUGGUAUUCAGACUGGGGAAGGUGAUGGAAUUCAGAAUGAGGAUCAUGGUGAUAGUAUUGAGACUGGGGAUCAUGGUGAUGAUAUUCAGAUUGGGGAAGGUGGUGGUAUUGAGACUGGGGGUCAUGGUGAUGAUAUUCAGACUGGGGAUGUUAAUGAUGUUAUUGUUGAAGAUUGUCAUAUUGUUGAAGAAGUAGAAGUGGUUGAUGUUGGAAAAGACGAUGUUUUGCUUCCAAGGGUUGGUUUAGAUCUACACAAAGUACUUGAUGAGGUUGAGCAGGGGCUGGACGAAAUAUUAGGGGAGGGUAGUUUUCAACAACAAUCAGAAACCUAUGAUGCUACUCAAUCUGAUUAUGGGGGUAAUGUUGAGUUUAAUGAUGGAAAAGCUGAUGGUGUCCUUGUAGAUAAGGUAAAACUGGAUGUUGAACAGAUUGCAUCGAUGUUGGAAGCAGGAUAUAGCAUGGAAGAAAUUGAAGGUAUGGAAGGGGUAGAACUGGAACUGGAUGACAUGCUACCCGUUGAGCUGGAUAUGGAAGAUGUAUUGGAUCAUCCUUCUGAUAAUGAUGAUGAGGCUGUUAUUGAUGAUGUUGAUGGUAUUGUUGAUGGUGGUGGUAAACAAGAAGAAGGAGGUGAUGAUGGUCACUUGGGUGAUGAUGAAGGUGAACAAGAAGAAGGAGGUGAUGAUGAAGGUCCUGAUGAUGUCCCUAGAUUGACAAGGUUUUUGGAUACAAUUGGAUGGCUGCUACGUAUUAGUGAGAUGUAA